AUGGAGUCUUUUUCGAGCAUUAUGUCUUUGACAUACGCUCACAGGCAACAAGCCUCAUCUCCAUUGCAGACAAGCUGCUCCUCGAAGCACAAACUCAAUGGAGUCUUUUUCGAGUAUUAUGUCCCCGACAUAUGCUCGCAGGCGACAAGCCUCACCUCCACUGAAGACAAGCUACUCCUCGAGUACAAACUUCAUGGAGUCUUUUCAAGCGUCAUGUCCCUGACAUACGUACACAGGCGACGAGCCUUACCUCCAUUGUGGGCAAGCUACUUCACGAGUACAAACUCAAUGGAAUCUCUUUCAAGUGCUAUGUCUCCGGACGUACACUUACAAGAUACAAUGAGAAUUGAAGUUUGA